AUGCCGGACUGCGCGCCCAGCGCCCGCACGGCUCGCACGGAGGAGGCGCUCCGGACCCUGUUCGCCAGUGGCCUCCCGACCCUGUUCGCCAGUGGCCUCCCUGUGGACCUUCAACCCAAAGAACUCUACCUGCUCUUCAGGCCGUGCAAGGGGUAUGAAGCGUCCCCGAUCAAGCUCACAUCGAGGCAGCCUGCUGGUUUUGCGAUCUUUGACGACCGGGCAGGAGCAGAAGCCUCCCAGAAGGCGGUGAACGGUAUUCGCUUUGAUCCUGAGAACCCGCAGACCCUGAGGCUAGAGUGUGCCAAAGACAACACCAAGACGGCCAAGAACAAGCUGACGGCUACGCCAAAUCCCACCAACGCUCACCCCUCCCUAGGAGCACACUCAGAGCUGAUGGGGGCCCCUCUGAUCCCCGCAUACCCAGGGUCCUGGGCCCCCUUCCCUCUGUACACCACAGAGCUGACCCCAGCCACCUCAUCUGCUGCGCUCACCUACCCCGCUGCCCCUACCGCUGCCGCCGCUGCCCUACAUGCUCAGAGGAUGCAGGUUCGCUGGUACCCUUCCUCUGAUACCACCCAGCAAGGUUGGAAGUCUUGUCAGUUCUGUUAG